AUGUUGACAGUAGGUACUGGCAAAAUUGCUAUGAUUCUGUCUUUUUCUAAGCUUACACCCUGCCCACAAGCUUCUGCCCUCGGAAAAAGGUCAUUUUUUAACUUGACAACCGAAGCAUCGUCCAAAGAUGAACAACACUAUGUGUUAAAAAGGAACAUUCGCGGCACUCCAAAUGAGGUUUAUGAAGUUGUCUCUGAAGUAUCCAACUACAAAGACUUUAUUCCAUACUGCACUGAAUCUUUUGUUAAUCUGCGUGAUGAAAAGAACAGACCUGUAGAAGCAGGACUGAGAGUCGGAUUUCAACAAUACGAUGAGAAGUUUGUGUGUAAGGUUCAGUGUAAAGAGCUAUCAGAUUUAGUCAAGAGCGUUACAGCAGAAUCAUUGAGUCAUAAUCUGUUUCAUGUGUUAAAUUCGAAGUGGGUUAUUAAGGCGCAUCCUGGCCGUACGGACCAUACAGAAGUUGAGUUGAUACUGAGGUAUCAGUUCAAAUCAAGGCUAUACACUAGCGUGGCGUCAUUAUUUGCGAAAAGUGUCACGGAGCUGAUAUUAAAAGCUUUUGAUAGAAGAGUAUACCAGUUGAAAAAGAAGGGCUCCAUAGAAACUAGAGGCAUGAAAUGA